AUGGGCUGCUGUGUCUCAACGAGCAGUCGAAGUACUUGUAGCAGCGGGAGCAACGGAGAUAUGAUCACUCCAUCUUGCUUAGAAGUUGGAUUCUGUGGACAAAAGAGAGCAAGGAGAACAUUCUCUGACCAUGUUAUUUCUCUACACCAUUUAUCAUCCUUACCUAGCAGGAUUUUUGCUAAUGGAAAGAGUCGGGGUUCAUGCAUUUUUACACAGCAGGGCCGCAAGGGAAUUAAUCAGGACGCCAUGGUUGUGUGGGAAGAUUUCAUGUCCGAAGAUAUGAUCUUUUGUGGUGUCUUUGAUGGCCAUGGUCCGCACGGUCAUCUGGUUGCCCGCAAAGUGAGGGAUGCUUUGCCAGUAAAAUUGCUUUCAUUUUUGCAUUCUCAUGAAUCGAAGCAAAAGGAAUUGGGCAAAGCUUGUUUCAAACGAAACGUAAAACCGGAUGGUGGGGACUCGGAAAAGGAUUGCUCUGCUGAGGAUAAACUGAACUCCACCUGGAGAGAAGCUUUCAUGAAAGCAUACAAGGCCAUGGACAGAGAGCUCAAGUCUCAUUCAAAUCUAGAUUGCUUCUGUAGUGGGAGCACAUCUGUGACUAUUGUGAAGCAGGGUUCAAAUCUCUUCAUGGGAUAUAUUGGGGAUUCUCGGGCAAUAAUGGGAUCCAAAGACAGCAAUGACUCCAUGGUGGCAAUUCAGUUGACUGUUGAUUUGAAGCCUGAUUUGCCAAGAGAAGCGGAAAGAAUCAAGCAGUGCAAGGGUAGGGUUUUUGCCUUGCAAGAUGAGCCGGAAGUCCCAAGGGUGUGGUUGCCUUUUGAUGACGCGCCAGGAUUAGCAAUGGCUAGAGCAUUUGGAGAUUUCUGUUUGAAAGAGUAUGGUGUAAUUUCUAUACCUGAAUUUUCUCACCGGCUGCUUACAGACAGAGAUCAAUUCAUUGUUCUUGCCUCUGAUGGGGUUUGGGAUGUUUUAAGUAAUGAGGAGGUGGUUGAGAUAGUAUCGUCGGCACCAACACGAUCCUCAGCAGCAAGGACUCUGGUAAAUUCGGCUGCACGGGAAUGGAAACUCAAGUAUCCGACAUCAAAGAUGGAUGACUGUGCUGUAGUGUGCUUAUUUUUGGAUGGUAAAAUGGACUCAGAAUCAGAUAAUGAAGAACAAGGCUUCUCUUCUGCAACCAUUCAGAGCAACCAUUCAGGGAAUCCAAUUGAAUCAGAUGAUGGACAAAAGUCUGAGCCAUCUUUGCAACGAAACUUUACUGUGAGAUCAUCAGAAGAAAAUGAGACUUGUGGAACAGUUUCCGUUGAUGUUGAAGAUGGAACAGCAUCAGCAGAUGAUCAAAACUGGUCAGGUUUGGAAGGGGUCACCCGUGUAAACUCACUCGUCCAACUUCCUAGAUUUUCUACGGAAAGGUCAAACUCUUGA